AUGGUGGAUUGGACGAAUGCGUCCGAGAUUGCGUUGGAUUCUGAUGUCUACGGGAAGCUGGUGUUCGCUCUCUUUGGUGUUUACGUCUGGGAGGUCUUCCAGACCUCCGGCUUCGAAUGGUCCCUCAUUACCAGAACACGCAAACUAAAAUGGCCCCUCGUGAUAUUCUUUUUCCAAUGCCGAUACUGUCUCCUCCUCUCUCUGAUUGGCAUCAUCAUCUCCAUGAGUGUCCGCGAUCCAAUCAACUGCCAGGCUCUGUAUACCUUUAACUCGUGGGCGGGGAAUAUGGCAAUUCUCGGUGCAUCAACGUCCCUCAUGCUCAGAACGAUCGCCAUUUGGGAACGCAAGAUGAAGAUUGUCAUCCCGCUUUGCUUCCUAUGCCUGUGCCACUGGGUACUGCUCUGGCGGGGCAUGUUCCUCCUCAACGCACAGUAUAGCUCCGCCGAGGGGGAGUGCGUUCUGGUUUCCAGCAACCACGUCUUCCUGAACGUGACAUUCUUCAUGACGAUGGGGUUCGACCUUACCAUCCUCGUUUUCACAGUCGCCGCACUGGUCAGGCAUAAGGCGCGGUCAGACCUGUGGUCGCUCCUCUUCACGGACGGUCUGGUGUACUUCCUCACUGCGUUCUGUUUCAACGCGCUCCCAGCUGUAUCCCUUCUGACGCUCAUCUCCGCUCCAGUUGCCAUGGACGUGUACGUGCCCGCAGCGACCUUCUCCGCGAUCGCCGCGUGCCGCGCCGUCAUCCGCCUGCAGGACUUCGCGCACUCCGACGUCUACGUCCACAGCGCGUCGCACGUUGUCUCGAGCGGCGGGAGCAACAACCCCCCGCCGCCCACCCGCGCCGCCCGCCGCUUCACGUCGCGCCGUGGGGACAUAGGCUUUGCGCGCCCGGAGGUGCAUGUCACGACGGACCAAUUCGUCGUUGAGGAUUAUAGGUGUGUUUGA